UCGACUGAGCCAACCUACUCAUCGAUACCCCAUGGCAGAGACGUCCAAGAAGCGACCGCUUCCCCCAGACGAAUUCGACUCGCCGCCGCCGGAGCAGAGGCGGGCUAGGUUUCCUAAGGGUAAGAAAGCGAAGAGGGGCAGCGAAGACCUCCCCUUCCAUGGGGACGGCGGAGACGGCAACUGGAUGGACCCACAGCUCGCUGCCAAGGAGCGCGCCAAGCGUCGCAACCAGACGCGGGAGAACGAGGUCUUAGGUGACCAGGUGGACGUCUUCUCCGGCGAAAUCCAGUACGAGCAGGAUAAUGUCAACUUUGAGGAUGAUGGGAUUCAAAUAGAACCAUUUAAUUUGAAGCAAGAGAGAGAAGAAGGUUACUUUGAUGCAAAUGGAAAUUUUGUUGAAUACACUAGACAAAAUGAAAUUAAGGAUGCAUGGCUAGAUAAUGUUGAAGUUGAUACAAGAUUUGUGGGAAAGUUUCAGCCAAAAAGUACUGCAGAGGAGGUAUAUGAGGAUCUUUCUUCAGAUGAUAUAGGGAAAAUAAAAAGAAGAAUAGCUGAUGCACUUCAGCCAGGAGAAACGAUAAUACAAGCUUUGAAAAGGUUGAAAGGAACUUCCACCGACAAGAAAGCAAAGAUGUUGGAUGCCACAAAACAGAUAUUUGAUCAACUCACUGAAGAUGCCAUGAAACUCAUGGAGAAUGGAGAUUACAAUGUUUACUAUGAAGAACAGGAGACCUUUGCGCGGGAAGCAGAAGGAUAUGAGCGAUUAACUCGUGCAAAAGCUGAUACGACUGGUACAAAAGGCAUCAUUUCUGAAUCAGAUUGUGCGGAGGAUAUAUUUUCUGAUGGUAUGCAACAUGGAGAACAAAAAUCAGAGAUAUGGGACAUACAUCCUAGACCUUCGGCAGUUAAUGUCUCUGUUCAACAAGCAUCACCCGAUGAUAGUGGUGACAAAAUUGACAUGUUUGGGGAUGAAGAAAAUGCCAACGAGAAUCUACCUGUCCCCAGUGCUGAGCAGGCUGAUCAACCUACUUCAGGAAGCUUGGGUUCUUCCCAAGACCUGGGCUCUGGAGCUGUCAGUCAUGGAGGGGAUGGAAAUGAUUAUGUAUUUGACGAAACAUCCGGUUACUAUUACAGCAGCAGCUUGGGCUAUUAUUAUGAUCCUACUUCGGGAAUGUACUGCUGUGGUGCAACAGGGACAUGGUACACAUUUGAUGAGCAUAGUGGCACCUACACUGAAAUUCAGAGUUCCACAACCGAGAGUUGAAGAGUCUAUAAAUGGACCAAAUGUAUAAUCUGCUCAUAAGAACUCCAAUGUUGUAAGUCUACUGAAACGACAACCAAGUGUGACAUAACUUUCUACAGCAUGCACAGACAAGAAAGAUACAUUUAGGUCAUCUGAGUUUCUGGGUGUAGCCAACCGUUCACCCCUUUUUUAAUUUAAUGGGAUAAUUUGAACCAGUUUCUUGACUUCA